AUGGCAAACAUCGACCCGGUCCUUAUCACCACCAUGGGCACUGCGGGCAAGUACAUAAUUGCGCAUUUAGAAUUAUCUUCACCUGGAAGCAAAAUGCUACCAUCAAGAACCACCAUAGCUCGAAUACCGAGAUCCAUUCGGCCAGAGCGCUUACUGAGAUCAAAUGUUCUGAAGUCCCACCUUCGGCCUUUCACGCACCGCCCACAACUCCUUCUUUCUCCUCCGCCGGGGCGACCUCAACUACCUUUUCUGUCCCCCUUAGCGCCAUCCCGACCUCUCCCGCCGUUAUCGAUUCACCUUCGCCAACACUUUGGCCGCUUAAUAUCCACAGAGAGUCGGGAGGGCUAUAAGCGUCGCCUAUCCCGUGGCUUCAGGCUUGGUGUGUCCUUUGGUGCUAUCCUGGUAUUGUUUUCUAUAAUUCAACUGGGUGUCUACCAAGAAGAUAUCGAACAUCAGUGGCCUACUCCGUCAGAAUGGACCUGGAAAAGCCGCUGGUGCUUGCGCUCUGCCCAAGCUCUUCAAAAUCCCGACUACAUCGGCAAGUUAAUGACUAAUUGGCCUAUGGUUGCUGGGUACAUGGAGGAACUGAUCGAGCGACUGGAGGAUGUCGAAGGCGAGGGCAAGGGUAUAGUCGACCAGGAUGAUGGUGGCUUUUUGAUCGAAGGUAUCGGGCGCACUGGUCUUGAUAUCUCGACUAAGAGUGAGCCCUGGAGACGGGGCUACUUUCAGGCUCUCAUGGGAGCUGCUAAAGCCGCUGAGAAUCUGGAUGGGUGGUUGACGGACCGCAAGCAGAGAAUUUCUGCUCCUGCAGAAUAUGUCGUUGGCCCGUCCAACCCUAGACCUAAACCUAUGCCAGGCAAGCAGAAAAGGGUGCCCCAGGAGGAGAAUUGUGAGCAUGCAUCAGCACCUCCCGAGACUUUCUACAUGAAGGUCCUUACAACAAAAGGGUUUAGUACCCGGCAAAGGCUUGAUGCUGCCCUUGCCUAUGCCGACUGGCUGGACUAUAAAGGACUAAAGCAAACAGCUAAUGAUAUGUACUUGUGGGCCAUGGAUAUUGCUGCGUCCGGGUACGAAGGCAAUCCAAACAACAUAAUAGAUCUCGAGACAGGUGUACUGAAAAACCAUGCCUCUGAGUUGCCGUCAGAGAACCUUAUUCGCGUUUCGACAGCACUGGCCGUCCACAAUGCUCGCACGGGAAACCUCUCAGUUGCACUCUCGAUUUUUACUUCUGUCUUGAAAGCACGUCGCAAUCUUCCUUACGCAACAGAUCCAUCUUUUCAAUCCUCCUCUCCUUUGCCUUCGCCGAUGCAGAACUCUUCCAAUGACCCAUUUUCUGCCAUCUGGAAGACCCUCAAAGUUUUAUUUAUCCCCGCCGAAUACCCCCCUCCACCAUCAUCAGGCGAUAACCCACCACUGCGAACAUCUGCUUCAGCCUGUGACGAGGCUGGUCUGAUGACCUACAUUGGUGAAAUAAUAUAUGCCUCUUCCUCCCAAGACCAAGGCUUGGCCUGGACCCGCGAUGCGGUCGAGAUGGCCGAGUCAGCAAUCCUGGGAAUUGGCUCUCAUGACCAAGCCGCUCGCGUGCAGUGCGCACAAUGUCUCAAGGUCGGGCUGGAGAAUUGGAAAACAAUGGUUUCUUCUCUUGUGCGACAGGCACAGCGCGAAGAGCAAAAGUAUAUUGAGCAAAUGAAAACUGCUUGGUAUGGUGGUCAACGACGAGUGAAGGCUCAGAGUGACAUUUUGAGGAUGUGGAAAGCUGAAGAAAAUUUACUUGAAGAUCGAAUUCAGCGGAUAUUGCCACUCCUUGAUGGAGAGUCAGGACUGGACACACUUUCUUCGAAUAGCUCCUUAUUUGCGUGA